GGGUGCCCCGGCUGCGCGCUGGACCGGCGGAAGGAGAGCAGCGGCGGCCGGAUCCCCUGCAAGGAGCUCUUCUUCGUCGGCAUCACCACGCUCGCCUCAUCUCUACCAAUCACGUGCAUCUUCCCCUUUAUGUAUUUCAUGAUUAGAGACUUCCACAUUGCUAAAACAGAGGAAGAUAUUGGAUCUUAUGCUGGUUUUCUUGCUUCUUCGUACAUGAUUGGAAGAGCAAUUUCCGCGAUUUUUUGGGGUAAUGUCGCGGACCGUAUUGGGCGGAAGCCAGUAAUUGUAUUUUCCAUCUUGUCUGUUGUCAUAUUUAACACGCUAUUCGGGCUAAGUACAGAGUACUGGAUGGCAAUUUCUACAAGACUAGUUUUAGGUUCUCUAAAUGGUUUACUUGCUCCAGUAAAGGCAUAUGCUGUUGAAGUUUGUCGAACUGAACAUCGAGCUCUUGGGCUCUCAGUUAUGAACACAGCGUGGGGUUUAGGCCUUGUUAUUGGUCCAGCUCUUGGAGGCUACCUUGCUCAGCCAGCUGAAAAAUACCCACAAAUAUUUUCCAUGGAGUCAGUUUUCGGGAGGUUCCCAUAUCUCUUACCUUCUCUAGGCGUGUCAAUCUUUGCUGCUAUAGUUUUAAUAAUAAGUUGUAUAUGGAUGCCGGAGACUAUGCACAAACAUAAAAAUCCAGAAAAGGAUAUCCGAAUAGUCAAAGGCUUGCCAUCAGAUUGCGAUUCACCUCGCAAGAAGAGCUUGCUCCAAAAUUUGCCAUGGAUGUCAACAAUGGUGUCCUAUUGUUUCUUUGCUCUUCAUGACACUGCAUAUAGUGAGAUACUUUCCUUGUGGGCUGUCAGUGACAGAAAGUAUGGUGGUCUUAGCUUCUCGUCCGAAGAUAUUGGUGCGGUUCUUGCUGUGGCAGGUGCUAGUCUUCUUGUAUAUCAGCUAAUCAUAUAUCACUGGGUUAAUAAAUUUCUGGGACCAAUUAUUUCAUCGCGUGUUGCUUCUGCUCUUUCUAUACUUAUUGUUAGUACUUAUCCCUUUAUGACAUACUUAUCUGGAGUCAAACUUUCUUUCGCUCUCUACUCUGCAGCCAUGAUGAGAAGCAUAGUUGCAAUUACUGCCGGUACAGGACUUUGCCUUCUUCAGAACAAUGCUGUGCGUCAAGAACAAAGAGGCACAGCAAAUGGUAUAUCAACAACCGCCAUGUCGUUUUUCAAGGCAAUUGCUCCAAUAGGGGCAGGUAUUCUAUUCUCGUGGGCGCAGAAACAUCAGGACAGCACCUUCUUCCCAGGUGAUCAAGUGGUGUUCUUGGUGCUGAAUCUGGUGCAGCUCCUUGGUCUCAUAUUUCUGUUUGAGCCUUUCCUGGUACUACCUGCGGUGGGAGAAGAGUGUAGAUAGGAACGAUAGCGGAAAGGAUUUUGCCACCUGUCAUUUUUUUUUGUAAUAACAUAAACGUUCGUCAAAUUUCAUUAUAUUUGUGGCAACAGCAA